CUUUGGAAAUUUGGAAACACAUAGGAUACAAAAUAUGAAUUAUGGCAUCGGACACGCAUGUCUCGUUUUCAAAUUUGGAAAACUUGUGAAAUAUAUAUAUAUUCAGUUUUAAGAUUUUGUAUGAAAGGUUUAACAUAAAGUUAAACAAAGAAAAGAACAAAAAGCAAAACAGGGCUAGAUGUUGCCUCUGUAUCCAGUGGUCAAGUCACCCACUGUUGGAAUGAUACCCAAACAAGCAUUGCACCAGCGCUUUAAGCAGACUUUUUUUUUUUUUUUUUUUUUAUCCUGUUUUGUUUUCUAAUUAACCCCUAAAGAACUGCACGUUGAUCCAUGUCAUUAUGCAGCAUGGGGCUUUAAGGCCCAAGGAUGGUUCAUCAUGCAUUUAAGGGGGUUAAUUUGCAUACAGAACAAACACUGUAUUUCUGUAAUCAAUUGUCUUAUAGUAAUUUGGGUUUAAAAUGGCAUGAAUAUCCAGACAAAACUGUGCACAUAUGCUCCUCUAAAUAGGGUGUAUGUAUGUGUACACAAGUGUCUUAAAAAUGGGGGUGAAAAAACUAAUUCUCUCUCCAUAAUAUCUUUCAGAGGAAGACUCCCCAAUGUCUCUAGCCGGACCACCACGACUACCCGUUGGCUUAGCUGGACACUCCAUGGUUGCAGCACAGGUGGCUGCACAGGCUGCAGCACUAGAGCAACUCAGAGAGAAGCUGGAAUCUGGGGAACCCCCCGAGAAGAAAAUGGCUUUGGGAACAGAAGAUCAGCAGCGACUAAUGCAGCGAGCCAUCCAGCACAACCUUCUGGCAAUGACUGCUCAACUUCCUAUGAAUAUCCGCAUCACCCAAGGUAAGACUUUACAGCAGUAUUUGUGUGUGUGUCUUGUCCCAGCUUUUGACUGGAAGGCAAGGGAGAGAAAAGUAUUAAUUCCCUUAAUCCCAAAAUGUUCGAGAACAAUCAGAAAUAGGAUGAUAACAUGGUAGUUUCCACAGAAAUAAGAAAAUGAAAUGGAAUUUUCCCCUACAAAUCUGAGUUAUCUAGAUUAUGAGCUGAGCUAGACAUAUGGUGGUUCUGUUUAUAGAUCUACAAAAUAAAUAUAAAGAAAACAUGCAUGUUUUUCCUUUUACAUGUUUUCCUUGGGGGUGUAUGAAAAGUUGGCUUGAAAUAGCUUAACAGCUCCAGCUGACACAUCAUAUUGUGCAUGUUGAUGUGAGGCUUUUGUGAAACCCAUUUUCUCUUAAUCCUAAAGAAACGUAUGCCAGUAUCUGUACGAAUAUCAGCUGGUGAGUUUCCUAGAUAAAACAAUAAAGAACGGUAUGUAUAUAAACCAUAGAGAGCUGCAUGCCAAUUACUUUGUGAUCAGUACUGGGCACUUGGCAAAGCCCAGCAACAAUCCCAAUUAGCAUGAAGCCAUACUAUGUUCAGACCUCCUUUGAGCACCUGCCAGCCCAGAAUCACCACAGCUGAGCGCAAUCUGCUCCGCUUACUGUGAUGAAUUUAAAGAGUUUUAUGCAGUGGUCAAAUCAGUAACUGUUGCCCCAGCUAACAGAGGGGGGACCACGAGGUAUCUAUUGGGACCUGGUUCUCCUGAUGGGACAAGGAUUUAUUUAUCUAUAAAGUAAAAGAGCAUUAAGCAAUAAAGGAUAGAAUAGGGGACCCUUUUCAAAUGGGAGAAAUAGAAACAACAUUGCAUCAGUUUUGUGUACUUCUCAUCUAACUAGUCCUACAGUUAUGUGGUAUGGAACCUUUUGGAAGGGUUGCAUUCUACUCUUAUGGAUGAUGUUGGUUUAUUAUGAUUGUAUAUUAAUUUUGUCCUUUAAGGUGCCUAUACAUUCAUUCAUAUUUUCAUAUUCUUUUUAAGCUGAGGGAAGACAAGAUUCUGCUGUGAACCUCACUACCAAUGGCACUAACAGUAUUAGCAUGUCCGUAGAGCUUAAUGGUAUUGUGUAUACAGGUGAGUAGUCCAUUUAUUCUUUACCUUUCACUCACAUGCAUUGGCUUUUUACCUCUGCUCUCUUUAUUUGUACCCAAUGUAUCACAUUGAUUUUCAAAUACUACUCCGUACCCAAUGUAUUUUUAUUAAAAUGCAUAUUUAUUGAAUGGAGAGGUAGAGGGGGCUGGGAAAUCAAACAUAUCCUGUGUAUGUUAAUAUUAAAAUUAUUGCACAACUGAAUAUCCAUGCGCAAAGUUUUCAGAAAAAAAUGUACAGUAUGGCUUACCUCCCAGCUUAACUGUUAAGAAAAUGUUAAUCACAAAAGCUAAUUUAUUCAAUUAAUAUAACAUAUUAAGCAGCGUAUAACUGGCCAGAUUUCCCACUAGGCCAUCAAAGCCAUGAUUCGGCCUUGAAGCCCUUAGUGGUGGAAUUGUGUGCACGGCCAUGGUUACCAUAAGGGACCUAAACAUUUACCUGGACUGGCAGUUGAAGUGGGACUGUCCUCAGUCACACAAGUUAGUUGAGAGAUCAAAAGAUCUCCUAACCAGCCCUGCGUCCAUUUACUACAUUGACCAAUCAUGCUCUCUGCAUAUUUGACAGUUGCCAAUCACGAAUAGCCCUACCUCACAAUACAGCUCUUUUGUAAGUUUCAAACCGCUGAAUCGGGCUACCCAGCCAGUGCUCUCAUUCAGGCAAAACGCAGUUGUGCAAUAAUUUAUCUCUUGGUCAUCUGCUUCUGCCAGCUGGCACAUUCCACAGGCUCUCACCACAUCCAGUGGACCAUCAGCAAUAACUCCCCUUUUCUAAAGGCAAUGGGAGGCUGUGCAAAUACCUUUCCAAACAUUAUACCAUGUAUUCUAUCUAGUUUAAGGGGCAGAAGUAAACUGACAUGACAACAUGUUUGUAUAUUCCAUAACUUAAACCAAAAUCACUGUUCAGUUGGCAGACCUAAAUGGUUCAUUUGUAUGUAUAUUCUCUUUUUUAAACCUGCUUGUAUAUCUAUGCAUCAAGGUAUUUUGGGAAUAAGCCAGCAGUACAGUGAAAUUUUCCAUGUUGGAUGAGUAUGAGGUACAUACAACUCAUCUUGACCGUGGAAUAUGAAUUUCAUUUUCAAAUGAGUUGAUGAAUUCCUUCAUGUACAGGUAGUGGCGGAUCCAGAGCCUGAUCUCUGGAGGGGCACUUGUAGAUUAUUUAAAUAAAUAAUCCAUGCACAAUAACCACUACAGCUCUGUGUAGUGGUUAUUGUGCCAGGAGUGCUGGGACCUUCUCCCAGAGUAAGUAGUCAAACCGUUUAAGAAUGGGAUAUGGGGCUGUAGGGCAUAGGAGCAGAGGUGUGUGUGUGUGUGUGUGUGUGUGGUGCAAUGUGUGAAAGGUUCAGUGUGUGUGUGUGUAGGGCGUGGGGGGCAAUGGGUGUGUGGGGGCAAUGUGCAUGGGAGAGCAGUGUAUGUGUGUGGGCGGAGCAAUGUGUGCAUGUUUGGGAAGUGUGUGAGGGCAGUGUGUGUAUGAUGGGGCAGUGUGUGAAUGUGUGUGUGGGGGCUGUCUGUGAAUGUGUAUGGUUUAUGUGUGGGGGGGCAGUGUCUGAAUGUGUAUAGCGUGUGUGGGGGGGGCAGUGUGUGAAUGUGUAUGAAUGUGUGGUGAGGAGGGUAGGGGGGCUUUUAUAUAUAUAUAUAUAUAUAUAUAUAUAUAUAUAUAUAUAUAUAUAUAUAUAUAUAUAUAUAUAUAUAUAUAUAUAAUAAUGUUCCCCCUCCCUUCUUACCUUUACUGAGGGAGGAGGGGGACAUUUCUCCAUCCCUGGUGGUCCAUGGGGAAUCCCUGGUGGCUCUAGUGGUGAGCGUGAACUCUAGCCCGUAGCUCCAGGACUAGAGUUCAUUCUUGCGAGAUCUGGAGCGUUGCUGUGGUAACCACGGCAACGCUCCGUGCUCGCGAGAGUAGGACCCAGAGGAGCUGCAGGCUGUGCUCCAGGGUCCUCCUUGCCAGCUGCUAGCACAGUGCUUGCGGACCAGGGAGGGAUAUCUGUGGUCCGUGAAGGCACAUUGCAGGGCUGGCACUUGGACAGUGCCAGCCCUGUCUUAGGUAGGGGGGGAGGGGAACCGCCACUGUGUACAGGAGGGGAUGGUGUUCCCAACACAACUUCAACGUCUAGUAAAGAAAAUGUCUUGAAAUAUGCAUACACACCUUAAUACGCUUACCCACAUUUGCAUUGAUUCUGUUUUAUUUACUAUACAGAAAUUGUCUUUUGCUUUUAAAGAAGAUUGAGUGGUGUUAUUUUGUGUGCAUUUUAUUGCAAUUUGUUUUUGACAGUUUUAUGUUGAUGUAUUUUCUCAUGCUCUAACCCUAUUUCCAUAUCUGUCUCAGGAGUGCUUUUCGCUCAACCCUCUACCUCAACAUCUGCAGUGAGCAAAGGGAGCACCAACCGGACUGCGACCUUGGGAGGAGCUGGCAAUUCAUCACAAGCUUUGCCCUCUGCACAUCCAGCUCCCACUUCAAACAGCUCCUCACCUUGACACAGAGCUGCCAUAUUCACACACAGCUGACGCCAAAAAUUUAUGGAAUUGUUCUGUGUUUCACUCAGGUUUAUUACUCCUCAUCUUUGGGAGUUCCCGGAACACAGGGUUGGGGCUUGAGGGGGCCAGGCUGAGCCAGUACAGGGUCUGGAAAAAUGAUCCUAUACCCUUCAUGAAAACCCAUAUACCUCACUUAUUGCACUGUAAAUAUAUCUGUAUAAUAUAUUUUAUAAUAUAUUCAGUACCUCCAAAUACCAAACAAAAUGCCAACCUCCUCUACCCCACUCUGCGCUCCGGAAAAACCCACCCCCACAUAUUUUUUGUUUUUGUGUUUUAGUAUCUAUGUAGAAAAAGGAGGAAAGAAGUACCAGUUGAACUUUAAGAGGGGUCUUUUUAUUUUGUAAAUGCCUCUUAUUCUUAAAGGACAAUGGAGGGAAAAAAAGGCAAACUUAGAAAAAAGAAGAAAAAAAAAUCUAUAUAUAUAAAUAUCUGAGAAUAUUGCUGUAUCCCUUGGGCUGGACUUGUAUGGGGCACAGCAUAUCAUCAAGGUGGGAUGUUGCCUGUGUUACCCCGUUGGGUGUGUGGUUCUAAUAAUCAACACCCCCACAAAUUCUGGAAUGUAAUUCAUGGGAGUCGGCAAUGUAGAAUACUGAAUGUUUUGUUUUAUUCCUGUGGUUGUUUGGUGUUCCAACAGCAUCAGAACCUCUCUAGCCUCCACAAUUCCGAUGAACCUCAUACAUCUUUAAACAUUAUACGGGUUUAAUCUGUUACCUAUAAAAAUUGGGUCUUUUAUCGGAGCCAGUCAUAUACUAUGUUGAUUUUUCACAUAUUCAAUUUGGUAGGAUAUUCACGAUCCAUAUGAUAUAUAUAUAUUUUUUAAUUUUUUCAGUUUAUCCCUCUGCUGCUAUGCUGAUGUUGGGCUGUAAAUAGCUCUAGAAGUUAUACUAUUGUUCAGUGGUCACAGAUCUGGCCAUGAACGCAUUUAAUUCUGCAGAGUUAGUUAUGUUUGCAUCAGAAUGGUAGAUGUAUAAUCUUAUAGAACUCUGCAGGGUUUAGUCCUCUGUCUUCUUCUGCUGCCUGCUCUGGGUCUGGACACCUGGGGUAUAGAGGCUUCUCUACGUAGGAUCCAACAGCUAACUGUGCAAGCUGCAGGCAUGUUAGGCACUUGGCCAUUGCAGGUUACAGUUUGUUUCAAACCAUCUCUGACUGGUUUACUUCAUGGAGCCUUUUUAACAUGAACAUUUAUCAAAUCAGUUCUCCCUUUCCUCUUCCUAAGCACCCUGACAACAUUAACACAAAUGGGCAGCAAAAUGCCAAAAAUGUGAAUAAAUCUAAUAAGAAGUCAGAGAGGCCUUAUUUAGGGGUUUAACCCCACGGUGAAUGAUCAGAAAAGUCUUGACAGCAAUCACUUCACCUAUAGUUGUAUAUUAAGGGGUGAAUGCUGGGCAGGUGAUUCAGUAAGACUCAGGGUUUGAUUUUCCUGUUUCUCCCCCUAGUCUUCUCUCAACUUCUCGCUGCUUUUCACAAAACUGGGAUUUGGGGUAGAUAGAAAUAAUUAAAAAAAAAAAAAUAUUCUCUAUAAUAUAUAUAUAAAUAUAUAUAGUGUGUGUAUAUUCAUAAUUUUGCUCUGUGUGAAUUAGGGCGGGGCUGGAUUUUAACUCAGGGGAAUAAUGUUUUUUCUGGCUCUGUGUCUCUCAUAUAGAGGGAAAGGGUUUGUAUUGACUGCUUUGCUUAAUGAUUUUUCCUUUUGCCAUUAUUUGUGCAUUUUAAUGCUUUUUAGGAGAGUGUAUUGUAAAGACUGCCGAAAUGUUCAGUUCUAUUGCAUAACGGCUAUGAAAUGUUUGAGGAGAGAGAGUCAAACUGGUUAGGGCUUAUGUAAUAGAGAGUUCAGUCACAUUUAAGGUAUAUGCAAAGGUAGCAUAUCUCGAUUGAACCAAAUGUAUUUAAAAUUGUAUGUACUUUUUUUCGGCUGCGGGGAGUAGUUUUUCUUGACAACUUACUGAGCCCUGCUUUGUAGCAGAAAAUCACAGUGCUCUGUACAGUGGAAAAUAUUUUCAUCCAGCCUGUUUGAAAGCAGCAUUUGCUAUUUCAAUGGUUUAGUUCUGUAAGUACGGAAUAUACUUGUAUUUGAAUUCUUAUUUCAAAUGUUUUUCAUACAGUUUCAAUUAAAUUUUACCCUUAUUUUCUUAAACUCCGUCUUGGGUGGCUGUGCAAUCUGAUGGCUCAGCAAUGUAGACAUUGCUCUGAAGUUAGGUACACUGCCCUGUGAGAUAUUUUAAUUAACAUGCUGUCCAGAACUACAUCGUUUUAAACAUUUUAUGCUAGCAGUAACAUUAAUUGUUCAGUUCUUCUAACUCCCGACUGGUUUCUUCAAGCUGUAUUCAUCUAGUUCUUGUGUUUGCGCUGCACUGUCCUCCUACCACAUAACCAAAGCCUCAGGAUCUUCAGUUCAGCCUUCACUUAUCAAACAAAUUGUCUUGCCUGUAUCAGCUGCACUAAAUGCCUUCCUUAAAACCUUAGGAGCUGCUGAGUUAACAUGCAGUUGCUGAUUUUAAUUUUUUUUGUAACCUGGGACAAGUAGGACACCCAAAAUUGCCCUGCUGAUUGUAACAUGUUUCUUCCUGACAUAUAUGGGGGCUUGGAGAGGGCUGCUCAGAUUUAUUUUAGCAUUGUUGUGUAAUAUAAUUAUAUUUUUGUGAUAUUUCUCAAUUUUUGUGUUUUGUUUUUUUGUUGCUAUUUUUUUUCUCAUUUUUAGUCAUUAUCAUUUUUCAGUCUUGUAGCCUUGUUAAUUGAAUGCCCGGUUUAAUGGAAGGGGGGGUGGGGCUGGUGUGUGGAAGAUUAAUUUUAUUCUAUGUACACCAGGGAUAUGGAAUUUUUAGUGGUGAAGAAAAAAAAACCAAUAAAUUGCAGGUAAAUCAUAUAAACCCUCUGUGCACCCUGAAGGCCCGUUAUACCUUGUAACCCCAAUGUGUGCGAGCUCUUUGAGUGUAAUAGGGUUAAACUCAGGUAUGUCAUAUCUCUACCUCAUUACUCUGUGAGUAUCAUCACUCACAUCGCUGAAAACUUAUUUCACAGGUUUUCUUUUUCUUAUUUUAUUUUUCCCUUGUUCCUCUCAGAUCCUUCAGGUAUUAAAGCCUUGUGAUUAUAAAAUAGUAUAAUGUAAAAAAAGAAAAAAAAAAAACACCCUGAAAGUUUACAUUUUAUAACAUUAUGCAGAUUGUAUUUAAACGUCAAAAUAUUUAAAGAAGAAAAAAAAAAUGUAACUCUGAGC